ACUCGCGGGACCCGUGGCAGUUCAGGCAACAGAGCUGACCAAGCAGGCGUUGGCUGCGGACAUGACGCCGGAGGACCCGGAGGAGACACAGCCGCUCCUGGGGCCGCCCGGCGGCAGCGCUCCCCUCAGCCGCCGGGUCUUCCUCGCCGCCUUCGCCGCCGCCCUGGGCCCGCUCAGCUUCGGCUUCGCGCUCGGCUACAGCUCCCCGGCCAUCCCGAGCCUGCGCCGCGCCGCGUCCCCAGCCCUGCGCCUCGAUGACGCCGCCGCCUCCUGGUUCGGGGCCAUCGUGACCCUGGGAGCCGCGGCGGGGGGCGUGCUGGGAGGCUGGCUCGUGGACCGCGCCGGGCGCAAGCUGAGCCUGCUGCUCUGCACCGUGCCCUUCGUGGUCGGCUUUGCCGUUAUCACCGCGGCCCAGAACGUGUGGAUGCUGCUCGGGGGCCGCCUCCUGACCGGCCUGGCCUGCGGUAUUGCCUCGCUCGUAGCCCCGGUGUAUAUCUCUGAAAUCUCCUACCCCGCAGUGAGGGGGCUGCUGGGCUCCUGUGUACAACUGAUGGUCGUCACAGGCAUCCUCCUGGCCUACCUGGCAGGCUGGGUCCUAGAGUGGCGCUGGCUGGCUGUUCUGGGCUGUGUACCCGCGUCCUUGAUGCUGCUGCUCAUGUGCUACAUGCCCGAAACCCCCCGCUUCCUGUUGACCCGGCAGAGGCACCAGGAAGCCAUGGCCGCCAUGCACUUCCUGUGGGGCUCUGAGCAGGUCCGGGAGGAGGUCCCUGCUGGGGCUGAGCACCAGGGCUUCCAUCUGGCCCAGCUGAGGCAUCCUGGCAUCUACAAGCCCUUCAUCAUUGGCGUUUCGCUGAUGGCCUUCCAGCAGCUGUCAGGGAUCAAUGCUGUCAUGUUCUAUGCAGAGACCAUCUUUGAGAAGGCCAAGUUCAAGGACAGCAGCCUCGCCUCGGUCAUCGUGGGCAUCAUCCAGGUGCUGGUCACGGCCUUGGCGGCCCUCAUCAUGGACAGAGCUGGGCGGAGACUGCUCCUGACCUUGUCAGGUGUGGUCAUGGUGUUCAGCACCAGUGCCUUCGGUGCCUACUUCAGGCUGACGCAGGGCGGCCCCAGCAACUCCUCACACGUGGAGCUCCUCUUGCCUCUCUCCAUGGAGCCCGCCAGCACCAGCGUGGGGCUGGCCUGGCUGGCGGUGGGCAGCAUGUGCCUCUUCAUCGCCGGCUUCGCUGUGGGCUGGGGGCCCAUCCCCUGGCUCCUCAUGUCAGAGAUCUUUCCUCUGCACGUCAAAGGCAUGGCCACUGGUGUGUGCGUCCUCACUAACUGGUUCAUGGCCUUUCUGGUGACGAAAGAGUUCAGCAAUGUUAUGGAGGUGCUCAGGCCCUACGGUGCCUUCUGGCUUGCCUCCGCCUUCUGCAUCCUCAGUGUCCUUUUCACUUUGUCCUGUGUCCCGGAAACCAAAGGAAAGACUUUGGAGGAAAUCACAGCCCAUUUUGAGGGGCGAUGACAACCCCUUCUUGUGAGUGGCUGCCUCUCCUCUCAGGGCCAGCUUUGAGCUUCAGCGGGGGAUGGAGCCUGCCUGUUACUCCAAGCGGGGCCUCAGCCAGAGCCUGGAGCCCCUGUCUGUUCCCAGGGAGCUGGAAUCCAGGACUGCAGUCCCUUGGAGCCUUGUCCUCCAGGGCGCUUCCUUCCUACCCAGCUCUCCACAGCCCAGCAGACCACGGGCAUGAGGUUUCCUGGCCCCUGGGUCCAAUUCCCGCCACCCCUCUGAGUCUCCAGGGAAGGGAGCAUCUUGGAAGGGCCUUGAUGCCCUGCAGUCCAUUAUCCACAGACCACAUCCAUCUUGUCACGAAAGCAACAGCAGAGGAGGGGGAACUCUUGACUCCUCAUUUUCUGGAGGACAUGCUUCUGAGGGGCGGUCCCUGACUUCUCCCCUCAUGUGGCUGCAUUGUCAGGAAGGAGCUUUGUUUGCCAAAUAAAGAUUUGACUCAGAAAAUCA